CGCACGACCGAUGGAUGAACCCGCGCACGGGGCGCAUUUCGAGAGUAGCUCCCAACUCGACGGCCGUCGGAGGACAGUCGCGAGGGACGACGUCUGCAGCUACCGGUGACGGCAGCGAAAUCCGUGUAGUUUUUUUUUUUUUUCGUCUAGCUGUGUUACUUUAAGCUCGUCUUCCGGCUUUUGUGGAUGAGCUAGCCCUGUCAUCGUCGUCGCCUUUCCUCGUGCGACUUCGUAAAAAGAGCGCGGAACUCUCCCCCUGCGACGUAAACCUCAAGGCCGAGUGGACUGCAGGAAGUGCUCUGGACUCAUCGGCGUCGAUACUGGGAAGCCCGCGGCGCUGCCUGGUACAAAUAUCACGAGUGACUCGCAUGAGAGGCGCCAGUGCUCCUGUAUCUUCCAUAUGUGGUAAACGCUGUAAACGCCGGCUGCCCAUGUUUUGAGUUGAAUCAGACUAGUCUCGAAGGCCUCGCCGAAGACGCCGCAGAAUAUCUAAAACGGAAAGGUCGUGACUAUGGACUAGUUAUUCGAAGAACAUUGUACAACAGAGUUGAAGGGUGGUAAGUGGCCAGCUUUCACGCAGUGUACCGAGGAAAGCUGAGCUCACCUUAGUCGCCAGAAGAAAAUCCAGGAGUCAUCUACGCCAACCGAGGAGCUUAGUCCCACUUGUCCGAAGGAAGAGAGACAGCGGGCGCUUUCGACUCAACGCGCAGAUUUCUGAAGGGACCCAAACAGGACACCAGCGCGCAAGUCGUAUCGACAACAGACCCGAUGGAUUGCGCGUGGUGAGGUAGUGCGUCCCGCUCUGUGUCAACCAAGAGACGUAGCUGCCGGCACCUGCGACCCGAGUAAGCUGUAAGCACGCAACCAGGGGCACACGAUGCUGAACAUCGUGGCGAGCACGUUUUCGGCCGUGUCCAGCGCUACGUCGGCCUUUUCGUGGAAGUACGUGAUGCUGCUGACUGUGACCACGGCCACUCAGCGCGUGCUACUCGCCACAAUCGCCGUGGCCGGGUGCGUGGUCGUGAGCCAGGGCCUACUGCGCUUCUACCGGCUCUGGAAGGCGCUGCGGCCCAUGGCGGGACCCCCGGACUGGUUCCCGCCUCUGUUCAACGUCAACUGUCUCAGGGCCGCGGCCCGUUACAGGGACAUCUUCAACACUUCCACAGGGCUGUUCAGCCUGCUCGUGGGCCUGACAUACUUCUUCGAGCGGGAGCGGGUGUUCAAGACCUACCUGGGGUUCCAGCCCGUCGUCGUGCUCUUCAAGCCGGAAGCGGUUGAGUCUGUACUCAACUGUUCGACGAACCUGAAGAAGCCUAUCUUGUACUCGCUGCUCCAUGCUUGGCUGGGAACCGGUCUUCUCACCAGUUCCGGCUCCAAGUGGAAGUCGCGGCGGAAGAUGCUGACGCCGGCGUUCCACUUUCGCAUACUCGAAGACUUCCUACCUAUCAUGAACGAGCAAGGGGAAAUCUUCGCGCAGGCGCUGCAGCAGCAGACGCACUGUGUAAUCGACAUCACCAAGUUCGUCACUGCCUGCACUCUCGACAUCAUUUGCGAGACUGCCAUGGGAGUCAAGGUGAAUGCGCAGACGAACCCGACUUCUACGUACGUGAGCAACAUCUACAGAGUGGGCAGCAACUUCAUCAACCGUGCCGUGCGGCCGUGGCUGUGGCUGGACUCUCUUUACCGGCUAACGAGCAACGGACGCCUCUACCACCACGACAUAAGCGCCAUCCACACAUUCACCAAAAAGGUGAUACGUGAGCGGAAAGACGUCAAGCUCUCCGAGAAGCGGCUCAUCACGGACUCCAGCGACGAGCUCAAGAAGCGCCCAAUGUUCCUCGACGUCCUGCUUGACCACCACAUCAACGAGAACAGCAUCUCUGAAGAGGACAUCCGCGAAGAGGUGGACACCUUCAUGUUCGAGGGACACGACACGACGUCAGCGGCCAUAUCUUGGUGCAUCUACUUGUUGGGCCAGAGCCUAGAAGCACAGAAGAAGGUACAGGACGAGAUGGACCUCAUAUUCGCCUGCGACCGAGACCGCUAUGCCACCGUAGCUGAUCUCAAGGAGAUGAAGUUCCUAGAGUGCUGCAUCAAGGAGAGUCUUCGAUUGUUUCCUUCAGUGCCUAUAAUCGGCCGAGAGAUAUACAAAGAGUUCUGCAUAAACGGUCGAGUGGUGCCGGAAGGCUCGAUCGUGAUCAUCUUCUCGUACAUGCUUCAUCGAGAUCCGAAGACCUUCCCGCAACCGGAAGAGUUCCGGCCUGAGCGCUUCCUGCCGGAGAACACCGUGGGGAGGCAUCCCUUUGCCUAUGUGCCGUUUUCAGCUGGACCACGGAAUUGCAUCGGCCAGCGGUUUGCGCUUAUGGAAGAGAAGAUUGUGCUGUCCAACUUGUUCCGGCGGUUCAGCGUACGCUCGCUAGUGCCCCGCGACCAACUCAAGCUGGCUGGCGAGCUCGUGCUUCGAAACCAGACGGGCAUCGAAGUCACGCUAUCACCCCGACAAAACACCCACGCCGUCGAGAAACAUGGAUAGAGACUGGACAUCUAUCACCCUGCCUUCAUCGAGUUUUUUUCUCAUGUUCGAGCUCUGUACAGAAUUGUGCGUCCUAACUGUGUGUGUAUGGCGGAAGGCACGAGCCUGGGCACAAGUCUGUCCAUGCACUCAUAUGUCUGUGAUGUCGCGCAGCAGCGGGCUGAUGCGCACGCGUGGUGUGGGUGUCAAAAGCCCAAAGUUCGAACCAAACGCACCGCGCAAGCGCUCAAAUGUCCACGCGCACGUUAUAUGCUCAAAGUGAUAGAGCCAAAACGACUGAGCGAUUAAUAAGGGCGGGAUCCUGGUUGCGCACUUCAGUUUUAGACAUGCGUUCAGAAACAUGACUGAUCAUUCAGGAGAACGUUUAUUUAAAAGCGCCCUGGCCAACGAUUAGGGAUCUUGCGCAUGAUUAGGAGUGACGACGUCCAGUCAUGUUUCUGCUAGUUUACAACUUUUGAUCUGUCACUUCCAUUUCCCCUUCCGCACUGCAAGGUAACGAACCGGGCUUUAGCCUGGUUAAUUUCCUUGCUUUUCCGUUAUCACUCAUUUCUCUCUCUUUACGGAGGAGCGGGAGUGCAACGACUUCGCACAGCGCAGCAAAGUUAAGGGCCACUCUACGGUCGACUGGAGCUCUUUGUGGACCACGCGAUCUUUUUGCUGCAACGAUUAUUGCGUUGAAGGACAUGGAGAAUAAGAAUGAAUUUCCUUGUAUAUUUGUAUGUGCAAGACCAGCUUCACCACACUGACGUAUGAGUGAUAGCAUGCGGAGGGGCUUUUGAGCUUCACACACAGUCACAUACUUCUUCUGAGGCCCUAUAUAGUAUAUUAUGUCUUGCAAUAAUAGGGAUGGCCAACAGUGCGGCGUGCAAUUUGUGCGGGUGCGACGAGACUCUCGAGCACCUUCUGUGUCACUGCCCAUCCUUUGACACUCAACGACGUACUCUCCAAUCUAAACUCAACCUGUUAGAUAACAGAACGCCCUCGGAAGAAAAGAUCUUUGGGCCAUGGCCUACGCAUUCUUGCAUGCGAAGGCCACAAAAACCCUUCUGUAGUGCGUGAAAAAUACUGGAUUGCACGAACGCUUGUGAUAGCAGAGAUUCUCCUGUGACUGUCUCUGCGAAUGACUGACUCUAUUAUUUUCAUUCUCUCUGCUUCUCUAUUCUUUCCCUUUCCCCCUCCCCAAGUGUAGGGUAGCCAACCGGGCACGUCCUUGGUUAACCUCCCUACCUUUCCCUCUUCGUUUCUCUCUCUCACCAAAAAAAAAAAGCGUGUGCCAUUCUGAAAGUGCAGCUGACGGCGAAAGCAGUAAAUAUGGGACAAACGGAGAAGGGAGCAAAGCCCACGCUUAUUUCAAACGUUUUAGUUGUCUGACCUAACUCCCGUGCUAAGUUUUGAGAGGUCUACUCCGAAGCGUCCGCUUGAUUUGUACUCAAACCUAUGUGAUACAGAAGCCAAUGCGUUCUGCACGAGUCACCGCUGAAAGGAAAUCACGUUAGAAAUUGUUGUGCAUGACAGCCACAUAAUUAUUGUUAAUCGCAAUAGGAAGGAGAGAAAAAGUUGUGUUCCGCAAGACGCUCACAGUCAUUCCUAUUUAUCAAGGAGCCCAAGUCUCCAAAACGAAGCCCCAAGUAUUAGGAGAGAGACUAAAGUGAGCGACAGACAGCUAUAGACUACAGCAAACUCGGGCUCUCUAUCUUGUAAUAGAGUAAAAGUGUAAAGGGAUGAGAGAAACAUGAGAAAUAAACAACGAAAUGUGCUUACAGGCGCAAGAAAACGUUCUACAAACCUCUUAGCCUGCAGCGCAAUCCAAAUAUCUCGAAAAGGGGCAACUGCGGCCGCCGGCGCUAGUAGAGACGAGCGUCCCGCAAUCCUGUUUUAACUGCAGUGGUUGUCCCAACCCGCCUAGCGCGGUAAGAGUGCGCUUUAUUUUGCGCAUUGAUGCGACGACAGUGGCAAGGGAUGUGUAGACGCAGUUGAGGCUACACCCCAGGGCUAUUUGCCAUGAUUACGACAACAGGCGAAUCCACAUGCAAUAGCGAAGUAUUGAACCUGCUCGCGGUAGGCCACAUGGGGGACACCUAGGAAGGUUGACUCGCAAAUUGUUGUACAGCAGGCAGGUAGUGCACCAUCUGCAGGUUUGACGUGCAGCCCAUUCACAUUUGUAUGCUCGUUGUGCUUGCUGCAUAGGUAUUUGUGGCAGAAAACGUUGCUACAUUAGCACAUGUUCCUCGAAAACCCACAAAGUUCGAAGCGUUCCGCCUAGGAACUGCGCUCUAAGAAUGAAAAUUUAUUACCCCGAAUCCGAGUCAUCACCUGCGCUGCAUUCACACUUAAGAAAGCGCACGCUAUACCUUGGUACUGGGACUCGUGUCAGACUAACUGUGGCGAGGUUAUUGUAGCUGCUCAGUAUCUUCAUAACAAGCACAUUUGAUACCAAAAAUGAAAAUUAUUCGGCUGUGUUAUGCUGGCGUCGGCUGUAUUGAAGGAUUCAGGUUUCUUGGUGAAUGCAAAGUGUAAUGGACUUGUGCCCAGGUGAUUUAUACUCUGCGACUGCGCGAUCGAUGCGUUAUGCACCUGUUGAGACGCGUUGUGAUAGGUUCUAAGGUUGACGUCCCGUUUAGCGUUAUGUAUUUCUCAACAGCCGAAAGUCUUUAAUGCGACUUGUUUGAGGCGCCUUUCUUUGUAUACUUAAGUCAGAAUCACAUUUUACGCCUUUAUAAGUGGCAAAUUGACUUGCAUUUGCAAUGCGCUCCUUCUCUGUACAUAACUUUUUCUUUCUAGUGCGGAUACCUUUAGCACUCUCGCUUCGAGACUCUUACUAGUCGAGAAAGAGAGUUUCUGCCUAGGAUGCCAUACUAUAAUGAAUCUGCGAUCACUGCGCCAUAUUCGCCCAGGAAACGCUCAAGCGUACAACAGCACACAUUGUCUAAGAAACUUCAUUUUAAGUUAAGAGUAGACUACUGUUAUUUAUCGUCAAGUUGCAUGUUUUCAGAGCAAUGCUCGGCGUUGAGGGACUAGGUAGGCAUAUCAUCGCCGGCCACUUCAAUGUUUGGCAGAAAUAAAAACAAUACAAGAAACGGGUUAAAACAUAAGUAAAACAACCAUUCACCUAAUGUGAGCAGGAUAAGAUCGCGACCAAAGUGACUGUACUUGCUUGACAGAAACAAAUCCCAACAAAAAGUCUUAGCAGUGACGAGUUGCUUCGGAGCAACUCAAUAAACUUCGAACCCUUCACAACGCGUCAUAAACGUCAACGGCAACCAUGUCCGCAGACGUCUGCCGGGCGCCUUCCCAUGGAAGCACAUAAUUCUGGGAAUUUCAUGCACGCAUUGUAUUUUUUUUUCAUCAUGCAGGAAGAACAACUCAUCGUCUAGUCAACGUGCUGCGCCAUACAAGUCAGGGUUUCUCGCGUCCACAUGUUUGAACACGUUGGGGGUUGUUUUUCCAGUUUUGUGUGCGCACUGCUUUCCUUCAUUACAAGCCACGCAUAAUCAUUCUUCCCACCACUGUAAGUAACGCGGCUAUCGUAAUAAUUGUACGUGCGCCUGCGCGUCAGCUCGAACAGAGCGUUGCUACUCUGAAUAUUCUGUAGAAACAGCUGAGACGUUCAAUCAAGGUAGGCAACGCAUGUCCAUUUUUAAUUUCUUCUUACAACAGCCGUUGCACUGAAGUAGUUUUGUUCGAAGAGGCGAUCCUAAAAAGCAAACAAAGCAAGGCCAUUCGUCCGUUAACACACAUUCGCUACUACAAUGUACAAAACAUCGCGGUGUGCGCAGUGUCGUUGGGUGAUCGGCAAUGUUUCAAGAUGACAUCUGUCAUCAACGCCUCUAAAGAAAGGCGAUGAAGAACACGAUGACUAAAUUAGAAACAGUGCGCUUCCAUCUUUUUUUUUCAGCAUGUAGGAAUUAUGCAGUUUUUAGGAAGGAGAUGCAUCGAUGGCGGAGCUAUCUUAGCAGUAGCAUUGGAGAUUGCUCCGUACCUUGGAGCAAUGUCUAAGGUACGGAUGGCUUCUUGUAUCUCCAAAAUGUGGGCACCUCUACGAAGGAAUGCGUUCAUCAACCGUUUGAAAAACGUAUGCGCAGGAAGCUAUACGCUCUUGCCUAAGGAAUGACAGAACGGGACUGACAAUACGAAAGUUUUGGUAAACCUUUAGCGUUGCUUGAAAGAAGUCUUUCCGUAUUUCUUCUAGAUUCACGAUAGAUCAAAACAUAAACAUGAAUUGGUCUCAAGAAUGCACGACCAAGACGGCUGCUUCAGUACAAGCUCGCUUGAAGUUUUGCGCCCUUUUCAAACGAUUUGUUGGUUCUAGGCUGAACAUGAGUUAUAAAUUAUAUUCUAUAAGCUAACGCAGUUCAGUUUUCAAAGACGCCGUUUUGCAAGCAGAAUGAAAGCACUCUUACAGAGGUUUUUGAUUGAUCACAUCGCACUGAUUUGUGCAGUCAUCGCUUUCUGUCUGCCGGUGAGCGCUCACAUCUGGUCACAAUCAAAACCGUGAUCUUUCUAUGUAACCAUUUGCAGCGCAGUUUCUCUGAAGACUAGUUUCACAACAGUCUGGCCGUCAUAUUGUUGUUGUUUUUUUUUCAUCGUCACAGUUCUCAUGUUUUCCCGUUUAUUGGCCUGUUCUGUGCGCUACCCUAAUUCUUCAUUGUACGCUUAUAUCUUAUACUCCGACUUCCUUUUUAUGUUGUUCUGUAAUAAACAUGUCCAA